GCGUAAGCAACAGUGGGCUUUGGUGGCACAUGGCUCAGGCGGCUGUUUACGUUGUUGAUUGCGUUUUAAAUAUAAAAAAAGACACUGCAGCUGGAUUGGUUUUUCUUUAAGAUCCGUUAUUUUUGGAACCAACCAAAGGGGAAACCGUCGAAUUUAUGAAUAAAUACUUGACGUGUGUGUAUGUGUACGUGUGUGUGGUCUCCUCGCGGUUAUUCACGAUCUUAUUGUCUCAUAAUGCGCGCUCAAGCACGACGAUUAAUCCAUAAACAUGAAAUAAACCUCGCCACCGUCACCGAGUGAAAUGACAGUUAACAUCUCCAUCACGUUAAAAGCAGCCUGACAUGGCCUUUUAACCGGCUGACGAUGCCAGUCUAAACGCCGGUCAUCAUUUCCAAACGAUUAAAAUAAAGAAAAAAGAAGCGCGUGCCAAAUCGGGGGCUCUCGUCGUGUCCCUGCGCGCGCUCCGCAACGUACACACACAAACAGUAAUUUUGAUUGUGAGUCGCCGUGCGUGCGGUUCGGUAGGCGGAACCCGGGCGCUCUUUAACAUUCCCACUUCUGAGAAGAGAUUACGAGGACAAUUCACUGAGAAACACAUGACAUUAGCGGCGUUUGGAGGGAAGGCGUGCGGACGUAGUGGGGCAGCAGAGGCAGGACGACACGCCACGGCAGCCGAGCAGUGAGCGGAGGCAAAAACGUCUGUGUGGAGAUAUUUGGAGUUGGAAGAGGACACUGGUACUUCUCUGAUCCCAGGAGGAAAAUAAAAACCUCACUCUUAUUGCACUGCCCAAACAUUCACACAGCCUCAAACAAUAACACAUCUCAACAGACAGAUUAUUACAUACACACCAAAGCACACAAGCAGAUAUGAGUGAAGAUAAACCAGCAGAGACUGUGGAGACUGCCCCUGCUGAGGUGAACGCUAUUCCUAAUGGGAAAGGCCAUGAGCCCAGUGAGGAGAUCACAGCAUCGGCCAAAACGCCACCAGCAGAGGACGGUGAAAAGGAAGCUGUGCCCAAUAGUGCCCAGAAUGCUAGUCCACAUAGAACUGAGGCCAACCUCCCAGAGAGCCAGGAGUUCUUGUCAGGUGUGGAGGACAAGAAGACCACACGUUUUACAGAUUUUGAAGGAAAAACCUCGUUUGGGAUGUCAGUCUUCAACCUGGGCAAUGCAAUCAUGGGAAGUGGGAUCCUGGGUCUUGCGUAUGCCAUGGCCAAUACAGGGGUCAUCCUGUUUUUGGUACUUCUAACAGUGGUGGCAGUCCUCUCAUCAUAUUCCAUCCAUUUACUGCUCAAGUCAUCUGGUAUUGUAGGUAUUCGUGCGUAUGAGCAGCUCGGUUACAGGGCCUUUGGGACCCCGGGGAAGAUGGCGGCAGGUAUUGCCAUCACACUUCAAAACAUUGGAGCCAUGUCCAGUUACCUGUACAUAGUAAAGUAUGAGUUUCCUCUGGUCAUCCAGGCCUUUUUGAAGGUGGAUAAACCUGCAGGUGAAUGGUACCUGAACGGAAACUACCUUGUGAUCAUUGUAUCUGUUGCAGUGAUAUUACCACUGGCUCUCAUGAAACAGCUAGGAUACCUGGGAUAUACCAGUGGCUUCUCCCUGAGCUGCAUGGUUUUCUUCCUCAUUUCGGUCAUCUACAAGAAGUUCAAUGUCCCUUGUCCAUUUGUGGACUUUGCAUUCAAUGGCACUGCCAGUGUUCUGAAUGUCAGUGCCAUGGAUCCUGGUGGAGAGGACAACCCUGCUUGUAUACCCAAACUGGCCAACCUCAACUCACAAACGGCCUACACCAUCCCCAUCCUGGCGUUCGCCUUUGUGUGCCACCCCGAGGUCCUGCCCAUCUACACAGAGCUGCGCAAUGCCACCAAGAAAAAGAUGCAGCAUGUGGCCAACAUCUCCAUUGCAGUCAUGUACGGCAUGUACUUCCUGGCUGCUCUUUUUGGAUACCUAACUUUCUAUGGUGAAGUGGAAGCAGAGCUGCUUCAUACCUACAGCCGUAUCGACCCAUAUGACACUUUGAUUCUGUGUGUGCGUGUGGCUGUGCUCACUGCUGUCACACUCACUGUCCCCAUUGUGCUCUUCCCUGUACGGAGAGCAAUUCAGCAGAUGAUGUUUCCAAACAAGACCUUCUACUGGCCUCGCCACAUCGCCAUUGCUUUUGUUCUGCUCACUUUCAUCAACCUGCUCGUCAUCUUUGCCCCCAACAUCCUGGGCAUCUUUGGGAUCAUUGGUGCCACGUCUGCCCCUUGUCUCAUCUUCAUCUUCCCUGCUGUCUUCUACAUUCGUAUUGUACCCAAAGAAGAGGAACCACUGCGCUCUGUGCCCAAAAUCCUGGCUGCCUGUUUCGCUGGGAUAGGCUUCCUGUUUAUGAUAAUGAGUCUCAGCUUUAUCAUCAUCGAUUGGACAUCGGGCACCGGUAAAGCCAGCAGUGGUCACUAGGCACCACCUUCCUUUUUUGUUUUCAGGUUUUAUAUUGUUGAUUUAGAUCUGUGUUGUAACGUUACUGUUUUUACUUUUUGGAUCAUGUUUAAUGUAGAGGAUGCCCUAUCGUUUCCAUUAGAGAAUAUUGGCCACAGAGGAGGAGUCUAGAGUUCAGGACAGCUUUCUGUACCACUGCACUCAUGCUCUCACUCUUUACGUUGUACUGUGCAUCCUGCCGAACAGUGAUUGCAGAUCCAGGCCAGUAGACUUUUAUUGGAAAGAUGGUGAAUUCACUGAGAGGCCAGGUGCAUAAAGAUUGAUGAUGACACUUGGAGGCUGUGCCUUGUGAGGUUGGAUGUGAAAAAAAGCACUAGAAAAGUGUAGGAUACUGCUUUCUUUAUACACCUGUCCCUGUGUUGGUUGUGAGCAUCCGCCACUCCUUGCCAUCCCUGUCCAAGAUGAUCUACGAUCUGCAAACUGCCACCCAGAUUAGAAUACGCAGUCUGAGGCACCUCCCUUUUAACUGUUUUGAAUGAAAUUUAUUGAAUGAUUUUUAUGUCUAUUAUUAUUAUUAUUCUAAGUUAUUUGAAUAGCAACAUCUUUGCGAUUCUGUGCACCGGCAGAGGAAAGUUACAAUAAAGGCUAUUGCACAGACUGAAAAAUGAGUUAAAGGAAUAGUUCAGAAUUUUGGGGAAAUGUGCUGACUAGCUUUGUUACCAAGAGUUAGAUGAGUAGAUUGAUGCCACUGUCAUGCCUGUACAGUAAAUGUGAAAUAGCCAGGUUAGCUUAGCUUAGCAUAAAGACUGGAAAAUGUUGAACUGUUCCUUUAAAGUGUGCAGCCCUUAGCUCCAGCUCCAUUAGCUUGUACUGCUGCUGCUCUUGUUUAUUUUAAGGUUUAGAGGUGUUAAAUUCUCUCUUAUCUCUGAUAGAGCAGGGUGAAAAACCACUGACAGUAUGUGGUACAGCAUUGUGAGCACAUUUAUCAUUACAUUCCUACACAGUAUGAACUAGAUGUAUAUUUUUAUUAAUAACCUCUACUUGAUGAAAACCUCAGACGAUGCAGUAUGGACUGAUGAGAUGAUCCUCGGUUAAUCCUUACUGAGGCGAUCAUUGUCAAAGAGGCAGGUUUCAGGUAAGGAGCAAUUUUAAAUGAUUCCUGGCUGUUCAGAUCACUAUAUUAAAGAACGUUUAUGUUGUGCAAAGAGCUUUGCUUUUUCAGUAUUACUGUGUACAUGACAGUGAUAAAUGGUACUGAAGACCUCAUCAGUCGAACUGUGCAGAUCAAAGAGAUAAAAUGAAGAGAGGAAAGUUACCACUCAGUGUUCCUCAUCAUCGAGCAGCAAUGAUGUUUUUGUUUUUUUUUACCUGUAAGAUUUGAUGCGUUGUUUCUGAACAUCUCCUGGAAGUAAUCAGAGAUAACCAAAACGUGUAUAAAACAACAGGGUCACUUCAUAAAGUGGUUAGUAACAGUCUGGUAUAUGUAAAUAUUUCUGCAUCCAGCACAAGCUCAAUCCCUAACAGAAAUGACCAGACAUGGGAUUCCCAUCUCUUUAACAAUCUUGACAAUUUGGUGGUUAGCAAUAGCACUUUCCUUUGAUAAGCACAACGUCCUGUAGCCAUUAAUAAGUUGAAACGCAAGCAGAUUAUGUGUAAGAUGUUGCGACAAUUGCUAGAUGUGAUUUAAAGGCGUUUCCCUGUAUGACUAAAUCUUUGAUAAAUUAAUCAAUCUAAUGUAGAUGAUGAGAAAAUUAGCAAUGUAUCGAUGGUAUAACAUGGAUGUCCUUUAAAGCAUUACUUGAAAUAAUAUUAAAUUUAGCUUUCCUGUGAGCACCCUGGCGAUCAUUAGUUUCCUCCUCUGGUCUGUUUUGUAGAUAAAACAACAAAUUAUAUGGAUGUACUGUUGGAGGUUUUUAAGUGUCCGUAUUGUUUAAAAAAAUGAAAACAUGGCUCCACUGUAUUUGAACUAUAGUACCUAUAUGCAUUUGUGUUGUUAAACCUGGACCUAUACUCUGAUCAGAAGUAUAAUUCAAGUAUUGUCUCCUACCAUUGAUAGAUUAACUGUUGUUUUAAACUUCAUGUUUAAUGUUUAUCUGAUUCAGUGAUGAAAUGCAAGAUGGGAAACCUGUUAUUGAUUGUUUUUUAUGUUCUUUGUUAUUAUAUCCGUCUGUUACAGUCAGUGGUAUAUCAUCAGUGGUAUAGUUUGGGUCAUUGCUGACUUCCUUGCUGCUUGUUGGCAGACAUUAACCUACUAACCUGGAGUUGUUAGUGAGUUGGUGUACUUGCCUACAUUUCAGUAUUAUUAUUUUAAGAUAAAAUCUUCUCACACCAGACAUCUGCGAGUGCUAUAUGGGUAACUGAGUAUUGUCCUGUCCAUUUGUUACACAACAAACCUCUUUUAAUCAGUUUUUAUUUGAUUAUAUCUAGGCAUUUGAUUGUCUUUAUGUAUCUGUAUGCAGAGGGAAUCAUCUGAAUCAGCCACUGGGGCAUAACUUAGUGUUCGGUGUUGUUUAACUAAUGCAAGGGUUAUAUUUAUCCCCAACUUCCUGUUCCUAGUUUGACCUCCAUUUUUGGCUGCAUGUAUGAUGAAGCCAUUUGCUAAAUCAAGUGACUAUCAUGAACUGUUUCUCAAUGGUGCGUGCACACACACAAAACACUUCAAAACCUCACAACACGCAAAAAAAUAAAAGUAAACACAAGGCAACAAACUGUGUUAGUGGCUGAUACAAGAUGAUCUCUGAGGACCUGUAUUUAGAUCUCAGUGUUGUUAGUCUCCCUCUUUGUGUGAUUUACUGAAAUGUGUAUGAUUGAAUAGUAACAUAUUAAAUAUUGACAUCGGCCAGCAUUUAUAAAUAAUGUAUAUAAAUGUAUACCCUUUAUAUUCUAUAUGCAUAUCUAGUUUGUAUAAUGUAAAUAGCAAUUAAAGUUUUAGUCCAAUUAAAAAUAUAAAUGUAAUCAUUUUCAAAGUGCUUUUAAACCUUUUUGUCCUUCAAUUCAUGUCUAUUUUCUUGUAUCUCUAUAUAUUUUAAUAUGUUGCUGGCAGUUAUUGUACUGUAAACAAUGUUGCAAUAAAGAUAAUGAGGUAACAUAA